GAAUCCGCACAAACAGCGUGGCACAGUGUUCGUUGAGAAGGUGAGCCCUCGCAGCAUGGAAGCCUCGUGACGCAGCAGUCUUCAUGGGUCCAAAGCGGCCCGUCCCAUGCCUUGGCCGACGCUGGCCUGCAGCUGUGGCCCCCGCAGCAGCGGAAUCAACGCCCAGAGGCAGCACAGCAGCAGCGUCUCCAGGAAAACGGCGGCCUCAGUCCGGUCGUGAGGCUUGACCAGCUCCGCACGCACAACGAGCGCCGACCCUGCAAGGCAUGCGACUCGACGGACUGGCCUUCAUCGCCGUGGUGUCGCUGGCGACCUGUCUACUUUCCCGCGCCACAGAAGCCCAUGGCAGAGCCGCCCCGAGGAAGAAUAGGCGCCUCCUGGACCUUCCUCUGGAGUGGCCUCGCCCUCGGCGACGCGACCCGACGGCGCCGCCCUCGGGUCCCCCCGAUCUGGGCUACGUGCGGUCGGCCGAGUGCUGCCCGUCCGUGACCGAGGCCAUCCAGCCACUCGGCGGCGUCUCCAUCACGGGCCGCAUCCUGGAGCUGUACCGAGAGCCCAACGCCACGCAGCGCUUCUACCAAACGUCGUGCCGGGAGCAAGUGAAGGGCCGGCCCUGCCGCUACGUCCGCUCCAAGUACGAAGCCCAGUCGCGCUGCGUCCAGACCUACAGCUACAUGUACGCGCUGGUGCGCGAGUUCCAGUCCGACGGGCCCUGGCGGCUCGACUACAUCCGCUACCGCAGCGGAUGCUCCUGCCAGGUCCACCGACCCAGAGGGUACCCGCUCAGCAUGCUAGCGAGCAGGCCUUGAUCGCCUGCCCCCAUUUCUCCCACCUGGAGGACGACGUGGCGAGACCUGGCGUAUAGACCUGACCGGUGAAGAGCGCGUACCGCUGCUGCUGACUCUGAACUGUUGGAUGCGCACGUGUUGUGAAGACUGACGCGUCGCGAGACUUUCAGCGCGUGUCAAACGAUGCACAAGCAUCUUGUCUUUGUCGUUGGAUCGGGAAAGGUCUGGUACGUUCGAGGUUGUGUGUAAAACUUGAAGCUGUUAAACGGACGGUAGAAGCAGUAAGUAACAGGCGAAGGCCAGCAGCCGGCGCUCUCGUUAUCUCGUGUUCUGUCGUACCAGUUGAGCUUCCCUGUACUCCUCCAGCUCCACCACUGGUCAGUGCUAUGAAAGGAGGCGCUGAAUCAUUAUUCCCAUCCGAGUCACUGACCUCUUCGCAACCCGCAGCAUGGCACCGCGAUCAAGCAGUGUACGCGGCCGAGAGACUCACCGAGACAAUGACUUCGCGUCCACUCAACCUAUGACGGCACCGAAAGCCUCUCUAGUGACUUCAGCCAUGCCCAAAAUACGCGUACUGUGCCCUCAGUUGCACCAGACGACACGUGCGUCUCGAUGUCCGUGUCUCAUAAGUUGUUAACGCUUUGCACUCCAACGCCGCGCGCCGCGGUUCUUCUGUACGUUUACGCCUGUUGGAACAACCGAAAGUACUCACAUAUCAAAAACGCACAUGCCAGGUUGGCACGUGCAUACAAUCAAAACUACUGCUGUGUUCAUUGAAUACAAUGUCGGAGAGUACAGUGCAUAAAGCGACUGUCGUUUCCGUUCUUCGCCGUGUCAUGUAAAACAAUCGUUGCCGUCACGAAAGUAUUCGUGUACC